CAUUUACUCCUCUCAAGCAUUUCUAGUCUUCCCAGCUCUUCUCCACUCCAAAAAUUUGUCACUCCCUCCUUUCAAUCACAGUCACUGCUAAAACCCUAAACUCAAAAAUCGAAACACAAAAAUGCUAGUCUUCAUUUCUCUCGGUCUCUUAAACCCUAGACUCAAACCCCUCAAAACUCUUCAAUCCACACUCUACAACCUUAAACACACAAAACCCAUGUCCCAAUCCACUUCAAUACCCAAAAAACAACUAAGGGUUCGUGACCAUGGAUUCGAUAAUUACAUGGAAAUUGAAAAAAAGACGAGAAAGGUCUUAAAGUUUCAAUCUUUAAUACUUUCUCAGUACAACCAAACACUGCCCAUUUCACGUCUUGACAAUCUCGCUGGCAGGUUGGGGUUUAAACAGUUUGAAGCUGGUGCCUUUAUCCUCAAAUUCCCUCAUGUUUUUGAGGUCUAUGAGCACCCAGUUCAACGAGUGUUGUACUGUCGCUUAACGCGCAAAGCAGUCAAUCAGAUUAUGCAAGAAAAGGAGGCCCUUUUGGCUCAAAUCCCUGAUGCUGUUACCAGAUUGAGGAAAUUGAUAAUGAUGUCUAAUGAGGGUCGGUUGCGGUUAGAGCAUGUAAGGAUCGCAAGGUACGAGUUUGGUUUACCUGAUGAUUUUGAGUAUUCUGUUGUUUUGAAGUAUCCGCAGUUUUUUAGAUUGGUUGAUGCUAGUGAGACUAGGAAUAAGUACAUUGAGGUGGUUGACAGAGACCGUAGAUUGACGGUUUGUGCGAUAGAAAAAGUCAGGGAGAGAGAGUAUAGAGAGAAAGGAAUGGAUGCUGAGGACGUGAGGUUUAAGUUUAUGGUGAAUUUCCCACCGGGGUUUAAGAUAGGGAAGUAUUAUAGGAUUGCAGUGUGGAAAUGGCAAAGGGUACCUUAUUGGUCACCGUAUGAAGAUAUUUCAGGUUAUGAUUUGAGGUCAAUUGAAGCUCAGAAGAGGAUGGAGAAGAGGGCAGUGGCUACUAUUCAUGAAUUGUUGUCGUUGACGGUGGAGAAGAAGAUUACAAUGGAGAGGAUCGCCCAUUUCAGGAUGGCUAUGAAUUUACCCAACAAAUUGAAGGGCUUUUUGCUUCAGCAUCAGGAGAUUUUCUAUGUUUCGACUAGAGGGAAUCAUGGGAAGCUUCAUACAGUUUUUCUUCGAGAGGCUUAUAGGAAAGGGGAGUUAGUUGAGCCGAAUGGUUUGUAUUUGGCAAGGAGGAAGUUGUGUGAGUUGGUGUUGACGAGUUCGAGGAAAGCAAAUGUGGAUAGGGGGUUGGUUCAUUAUAGGGGGGAUAGAGAAGAUGAUGAGAUGGAGCGUUUUAGGAGAGACUGCUCAGAAGAUGGUUUUGAGGGUGGGAAGGAGGGGAAAGAUGGAGAGAGGGAGGAUGAUUUGAACUUGGACUUGAGUUGUGAUGUUGGUUCUGAUUGUACAGAUGAGGAUGAUGAUGUUGAUGGCAUCGAAAAGGCAGAGAAGGCUCAACUAAAUGGGUGAAUGCAUAAGAUUGGUGGUGUAAGAAACCAUUUUGGCUCUCAGUUGGGAGACAUCAAUAGUUACUGCCAAUUUACAAUCCCUGGGGAUGAUUAGGCAGAGAAGCGAAUGUCAAUUAUAUGCAUCAGAGAUGCUAGAAGAAGCAAGUUUUAUGGAAUUGGAGCUCUUCAGGGAAGACUUAUAUCUCACAGGAAAACUAUUGGUGCUUCAAGUGGCUCCUGUGCUGUUUCAGAAUGUAGGAGAUCUUAAACUAUCAUUUGGCUGUUGCCAUGUCUACUUAGCAGUUAUCAGAACUGAGUUUGCUCCAAGAGGCUGUUUAUGCUACCGUGUUUUGGUUACAGUCUGCUGAUUUUAAUAGCCAUUGCGCGUGGAAUUCUUGGGGCUGGUUGAAUGAUUGCAAAGAGAUGAACUAAACAAGCAUUGCCAAAUUUUCAGCUAUAUCAGAAGGACAAUGUUCUCGGUGACAUGGUUUUCCUUUCAUGGAGCGCUGGAUUGGUUAUCUCAAGGCCGUCUCAGUUUUUAUUUAAAUUCUUGCUCAUGUUUUUGAGGUGGCCACCUACUGAGAUUCUGCUGACAGUUCACUAAUUGUGCCUUCAUGAGCAAUCAAUUUUAUGUAUUCAUGGCCACCCCAGCCCCAGCCCCAGCCCCAGCCCCAGCAUUUAAAUUAGAGGACAGUUUAUGAAAGAAGAAGUUUUCAAAUGGGCCUAUGUCAUCCAGCAUCAAGGUGGUCUUGUAACUUGACUUCAGUAGUAAGGUUUAUAUACUUCAGGCCACAACAAACACCUUUUUGUUUACCUUGUCCAGUGACUGAAAUUACAGCUUGCCUAAUAUCAUACAGUAAUAAAACAAUUGAUUUCAGCUGUCUCAA